GCAGUCGUUCUUGGGUGAAAAGAAGAAGAGCAGCAGCACCGAUUUGGCCAAGUGGAAUAAAGCGCAAUUGGCCGUGAUUUAACCGAUAAUAAAAACUCGCCAGCAGUCGCGUGAAAACCAAUAAGCUAACAACAAAAUCAUGGCCCUUCGCUUGUCCCAGAGAUUGCUGCAGACGCAGACACCGUUCCUCACCCGCGGAUAUCCCCUGCUCGUGACCAAGGAGAAGACCGAGGAUGUCGCCCACACCAAAUCGGCGCUGCAGAAGAAAGUCACUGGCACCGAUAUUCCCUCGGCACAGUAUGGAGGUCGUCAUGCAGUGACAAUGCUGCCGGGCGGCGGCAUCGGUCCUGAACUGAUGGGCUAUGUGCGGGAGAUUUUCCGGUACUGCGGUGCCCCCAUUGAUUUCGAGGUGAUCGAUAUCGAUCCUUCCACCGAGGGCAACGAUGAUCUGGACUAUGCCAUCACCUCGAUCAAGCGGAACGGAGUGGCGCUUAAGGGCAACAUCGAGACCAAGUCGCAGACCUUGUCUGAGGUCUCACGAAACGUGGCUAUCCGCAACGAGCUGGAUCUGUACGUAAAUGUGGUGCACUGCAAGUCCUAUCCGGGCAUCCCGGCUCGUCAUCACGACAUCGACGUGGUGCUUAUCCGCCAGAACACUGAUGGCGAGUACGCCAUGUUGGAGCACGAGUCCGUGCCCGGAAUCGUGGAGAGCAUGAAGGUGGUGACCGUGGAUAAUGCGGAGCGUGUGGCACGAUAUGCCUUUGAGUACGCCCGCCAAAACAAUCGCAAGAAGGUCACCACAAUACACAAGGCCAACAUCAUGAAGCUGUCCGACGGUCUCUUCCUGGAGGUGGCCAAUCGAGUGCACAAGGACUACCCCGAGCUGGAGCAUAAUAACAUGAUCAUCGACAACACCUGCAUGCAGUCAGUGUCCAAUCCUCACCAGUUCGACGUCAUGAACAUGACCAAUCUGUACGGUACCAUUGUGUCCAACGUUCUUUGCGGACUUAUGGGAGGAGCUGGCCUCAUUUCCGGCAGGAACUACGGCGAUCAUUACGCUGUUUUUGAGCCGGGCACCCGCAACACAGGAACCGCCAUCGCCGGCAAGAACAUUGCCAACCCAGUGGCCAUGAUCAGUGCCAGUAUCGACAUGCUGAACCAUCUGGGCCACAAGGAGCACGCCAAUGUCAUCCAGGAGGCUGUCUACCAGACCAUUGUCAACGAUGCCAUUCGCACGCCAGAUGUUGGAGGCACCCACUCUAGUACCGAUGUGGUUCAAAACAUACUCAAGAUCUUGAGUUCCAAGCGCGUGAAUUGGCCCCAUGGAAACUAUUUCAGCCAAUAGGCACUAUCGCACUAUUGAAACUCAACCAACUGCUAACAAACUCAGCAAGAUAAACCAAAUCAAACCAAGUCUAAUACCAAACCAAUCAAAAUUAUAUUAACCCAUAACUAAGCCAAUUUGAGACAUCUUGUACCCCAAGCAUUAAUGUGAUGCCCAGAAAGAAAUUGGUAUAAUUAAAUCGAGGUCGAACUAUUCCGCUGCUUAACCCAAACAAAAUAUGUUACCCCGGCUAAAUGUCCAUGUGUGUUCAUUUGAUGUCCAAGUGUGAUAAAUCAGAUUUUCUUGCCGGCCCUAUCCAAUGUUUCUGCACUAUGACUCUUUUUUAACCCCCUACUGAGAGCCCUACUCCUUUCUCUUAUUUCACUUAUAUAUCCUAAGGCAUCCACGAUUGUACAGAUGUACAAGAAUACCACACUUUGGCCUGUUAAAAAGCUAAGCAAAUAGUUUCAACAAAUAGUCAAGCGAAGCGAUAUUAAAUAGUAAUUUAAAAUUUUCCAAAAUUGUAACAUUGAAAAGCUAAUUCAAACAAAAUGUAUUAUUCUGUUCGAAUAUUUAUUAGUAAAGAAAAAAAAAGUAAGAAAGACAACAUAA